AUGGACCAAAUUAUUGAAAUCGUUGACGCUUUUGCUCGCGGGAACACAAUCGAAGCGCUGAGCGAAACGGGUCGCUUUCUCUACAUCUACAAUUCAACGACGCUUAUCGCAUCGGUAGGGGCUAUAGUAGGAUUGAUCCUGCUUGGAUCGCUGUUGUGGAUCGCGAUCACAUCAGCAGCCAAAACUGAAAAGAGUUACGGCUACGGAAGUAGCAACUACCGUAAAAUGCGUUCGACUGAUGAGGAGAAAGCUCACACCUUCAUGGAGCUCCUUGCUAUGCUGGACGAAACUUUUCGAAAAAUGCAGAUUCAUAAUUUCGACUGCCAGAAGCGCGCUGUGUGUGAAGCACACCAACCACAUAGCGACAAAAAAUCCAAUGAACCAUUUGUCCGGCGUAUCACCUACAUCUUCGAAAAGCUAGAUGACAAAGCACUCGAUGCUCUCGAGCCGGAAUCUGCGGAUUUCUUGUUAAAAUAUUUCGAAGCAGCGGAAAAAGGGAAAAGCAACGAAAAUUGUUCUCAGUUGUACGCGACCUGUCCAAAGUUCAAAAAUUUCAACCAACCCACCCAGAAUUUAGUUUGAAAAAUUUUUUACGCAAUACUUGCGCCAUCUGACGACAAUUAGUUCUACAAUAUUCUUCAUUUGUCUAAUCUUUUUAAUUUUUAUCUAUUUAUUUGGAAAAUUUGAAAAUAUUAAUUAUAAUUAAUUGAUUUAAAAAAAUAAUAAUAUUGAUUUCGUAUGAAUGACAGCUUAAAAAUAAUUCCAAAUGUUAUCUUUAAACCAAAUUCGGCACAAGAAAUGGGGGGGAGGGAAUAAAUUAUUACCGGGACAAAUAGAAUUAUGAUCGAUGUGCUUACCUGUCUAAAGCAUAUUUUUCCUUCCUUAUGAACAAAAAACUAUUAUUAUAAAACUGCAAUUGAUGAUUUUUUCGCUUGUGUACAUAAAAAUUCGAAGUUGCUCAUAAAAGCGCUCGUAGCUUAUUUACACAGCAAAUUUUUCUAACGACAUUAUUCUUCACCAUAGAUCUAAAAUGAUGCAUUGAACUUUAAAUUAUUCUUUUUAUUCAUUUCAAAUACAUAAAUUAUUGAGCA